GGGAGCGGGUCUGGAGGGGGCAUCCCAGCCGGACCUUCCCCGUGCAGCCGCCCGAGCGGAGCCCUGCAACGCAGAGAGAGAAAACCCCGCCAACCUAGGGUCACAUCGGCCUCCUCGUCGCUUUCGGUAUGGUUGAGGAGCUCGGUCGAGCCCUGUGGUUGUCGUCGUUGGGGAAGAAACUCCCCCGUGACCUCAGGAAUACCCCCAGAGAAUAACACUGGACUGCUCUGGGCACCUGACCAUUGCACCUGUUCUCCUACCAAGUAACACUCAACCUACUGGAGUGCUAAAAGACACAUCAGGAAAGGCACAAGUUGGGUCUUUUCCUCCUCUGUGGUUCUAGCAAGACUUCAGGAGGUUGAGAGCAAAGGUUUUUUGCCAGGAAUCCACUUUCUGGAAAGCUCACCGCUACCCGUAGACGGGCGGAUGUCAAGCGAGCAGUGAAAGAGAUGAAGGAGCAAAAACGCCCAGGACUAGAACUCAGAGCAGACUUGAUAGGAAGAACCACCAGUGCAGUUCAGCCGGAAUAUAUGACGGAGCGGCCAGGAUGGAGAGCGUCGCAAGAGGGCAAAGGGGAGCCUUCCAGGCGGAUGCAACAGCGCUGGGAAGCCCAGUGGCAGGGGUUCUUGAAGACACUGCAGCCCCUUCACACAGGAUGGGGGAGCCCAGGGAUGUCAGAGGGUGCCCCGUGGGACGACACCAAGGCCUUCCUGGCCUCCUUUGAGCAAGUGGCUGAAGCCUGCCGGUGGCCGAGAGGAGAGUGGGCGGCCCGGCUCCUGCCGGCCCUCAGUGGAGUAGCUGAACAGGCCUUUAGCAUCCUGGAAGCUGGAGAUCAGGAGGACUAUGGGAAAGUGAAGGCGGCCAUCUUGCGAGGGGAUGUGCUGCGGAUGGAGGUGCAGCGCCAGCACUUCAGGCAAUUCUGCUGCCAGGAGGUUGAGGACCCUCGAAGAGUUUAUAGUCAGCUCCAGGAGCUUUGCCAUCAGUGGCUGAAGCCGGAGAGACACACCAAGGAGGAAAUCCUGGAGUUGCUGAUCCUGGAGCAGUUCCUGGCGGUCUUGCCGCAGGAAAUCCAGGGAUGGAUCCGGGAAGGGGGCCCAGAAACCUGCGCCCAAGCUGUGGCCCUGGUGGAGGAUUUCCUGAUGAGCCAGCGAGAGGCUGAAACAGGGAAAUGGCAGGGGCCGCUGCAGGAGGUUUGUGUGGGUUCCCUGAGCAUGGAGGAAGAGCCCUUAGAUGCUGCACAAGGAGAGAUCUACCAAGAAGCCAAGCAGAACAGUGUUGGAGAAAUUAGUUUGCUGGGUAGUGGGAUCAAAUGUCCAAGUCACUCCGGUUCGUUGCUUUCUCUGGAAGGUCAGGAAAUGGCUGAAGUUGGGCUGAGCGAGGGACUGAUAAGCCUGAAAGAGACGGGUGCAUCUUUGCAUGUGGUCGAGCCGACGCUGAUGCAGACAUGUCCCCGAACCAUGUUCUGGCAAGUCUUGCAGGAGGAGGACGGGAACGCAGAUUCCUUGGAGGGAUUUUUGGCUCCCAAACCUGACCUCUCCUCACAUCCCCAAAAAGAAGAAAUGUUCCACCCGUUCCCGAUGGGAUGUGAGAGACACCCAGGCCGAGAUUCAGGUGAUGGGCGGGGAAGUCAGCUCAAGGCGGAGAAUCCUCAGCGGGGAGAAAAUGAGCUGAAGGCAGUACCCACGCCAGCGCCACAAACGAGCCAAGCAAAUGUUCCGCUGAUGGCUGAGAUGCGCGAAGAAAGAUGUGACAGGGAGAGAAGUUGGAUCAAGAUGGAGAAUUCUCAGUAUGGAGGAAAUGAGCCAGGGGAAACACCCAGGAUAUUACCUCAGAGCAACCAGGCGAACGUUGCAGCGACGGCUGAGCUGCCUAAGCAAAGAUGUGACGGGAAAAGAAGUUGGAUCAAGAUGGAGAAAUAUCAUCCGGGGGAGACUUUGGCAGAGGAAACACACAGGACAUUAGCAGAGAUUUCCCAGUGGAAUUUCCCCGUAGCGUCUGAAAUUCAUGAGCAGAGGUGGGAGCCCAAGGGUCAACUGCACGAGAAGCCACAGCUAGUGGUGGGAGAGAAAGAACCCAGUGAGUUCGCUGAAGGUCUCACAGCUGCCCUUAACAAAAGCUACGCCAUGCAGACAGAGGGAGAAAAACUCUCGUUUUCCAAGCAUAGCAGAAAAUACCGCUACAAACCGGGGCUUGUUACGAUGCAUUCCAGAGAGAACCCCUAUAAAGGUUCCACCUUGGGGGAAAACGUCCAGCAAAAACAGUCCUUCGAUCAACGUCAGGAGACGCAUACGAGGGGGAAACUACACGAUCUCUCUGAGUGUAGGAAAAGCUUCCAGCGUGGAGAGGGUUUGAUCGGCUACCAGAAUGCCCGCACCGAAGAGGAACCUUAUGAGCGUCGCGAGGACGGGAGAAGCUUCAGUAAUAGGAAGGCGUUAAAGCGAGAUCAAGGCAUUCAGACCGAAGGGAGACGGUAUCAGUGCACUCAGUGUGGGAAGUUUUUCAGACAUAGGCAAACGCUGACGAAGCACCAGAAGAUUCACACGGGGGAAAAACUGCACGAAUGUCCCGCGUGUGGGAAAGGAUUCACUUCUCGAGAACCGUUACUGAGACAUCAGAGAAUCCACACCGGAGAGAAACCCUACGAAUGUUCUCUGUGUGGGAAAUGCUUUAGGCAGAGGGUACAUUUGAUGUGCCAUCACAAAACCCACACGGGAGAGAAACCAUUCACAUGUCCUGAAUGUGGAAGAAACUUCUCCCGGAGAGAUAAGUUGAUCAGACAUCAGAGAAUUCACAGGGGACAGCGGCCUUACACGCACCCAGAAUGUGGGAAGGGUCUUGAUCAGAAAGCAACAUUAAUCAAACACCAGAGCAUCUAUGAAGGGCAUUGAGAGUCUUUAUAUUUCAUAAUCUCCAGUGCUUUUUCCUGGAGGGCAGGAAAUUCCAUGAUCGAGUGGGGCAGGGAGGGGUGGGGCUGGUAUAACCCUCUAUCCCCUAAAGAACCAGGUUGCGUUCCUGCAGGAAAACCAGAAGGAGAGGCCAAGCUUCAGACAAGAACAUUUACUGUAAUCUUUGGAACGCAACAAAGCAUACCUAUUGCAUGGUGUUACACAAAGAGGUCUGUUUUUAGCAUCCCCUUUUCCAAAGCUUUAAAGGGUUUCAAGAAUUAAAAAAAACACUCUUAAUCUAGGAUGCCCCUAUGGAAAGGAGGACAGGGCUCCUGUAUCUUUAACAGUGGCAUAGAAAAGGGAAUUUCAGCAGGUGUCAUUUGUAGGCAUGCAGCACCUGGUGAAAUUCCCUCUUCAUCACAGCAGUUAAAGCUGCAGGAGCCCUGCCCUCCUUUAUAUCUGGUCACUCCAAUAUUACAUCCCUCUUGUGUGUGUGGUUAUUAUUGUUUGGGCUACAUAAGGACUUGAACUCAGAGAUUUGAGAGCACAAGUCAUGAUUAGUCUAUAAGCUGAUCGGAGAGACUGGAGCUGGGGUGUGUGUGUUAUGUAAGAUAACACAACGAUACUGUUAUUAAAUACAGUCCUGGAAUUCUGAAACAGUAGAGUGGUGGUGUCCUUUUUUAAAAAAACAAAAAAACUUAUAUUAAUGCAUUAUUUACUGCCUUUAUAUAACCAACCAAAGCAGUUGGCAAGAAUGUUUUUAAAAAGAAAGAAUAAUAAACAAUACAGACAU